GACAGAGACACGUUAAAUAUUUCCUGCAACAGACAUGUCGGCCGCCAGUGCUUAGACAGCAGCUGGUAGAUAAGUGGUUUAUAUUACUGGACCGAACUCCACAAUGGUUCUUGUUAACUCACAUCCCUCCUCCACUGACACCAUUCUUCGUGUCAAAGGACCGCUGGAGUUCAAGUUUCAGUUGAAUAGCACAGAUGCAUUGCUGAUGCAUGAGGUGAUCUCAAGAACGUUUGAGACCCUUCGCUCCCAGGUGAAAUCUGAAUCCUGUGUCCUCACCAUCUGUGACAGUCCUGUUGUUAUUUGGCCAAACAAAGAUGUUACCAUAACACCUGAAGAAAUUACUCCAAACACGCUGUGCGAAGAUGUACAUCAGUGGAUACAGACAGAUGAACAGGAGAGCUCUGGCAAGAAAUCUGGAAGAAAGAAAAGCAAAAAAAGUUCAGCAGUGAAUGUCAUAAAUCUUCACGUGAUGAUGGAGGUGUCAAAGCCAGGCCCUCUCUCAGCUCCCAUCUUGAGCAGAACAGUCCAGAAGUCACACUUCCUGUCUGCGACUCUUCCCAUGGACUGUGUUGUCAGUACCAGCUGCAGCGACACGAUCAGAAAUGCCUGUGAGAGGCUGGUGGAGGCACUAACUCGUCAGCUGUGUGAGAUGGAGAAAUAUCCAGCAGGAGUGCCUGACAGCCAACUAGAAAAGCAGCGUAAGGAAUUGCAUCAACAGUUUGAGCUACCAGAUGACAGGCCUUACUUCAGAAGAGCCAAUGCAUACCACUUUCCCAGUGAGCCCUACAAAGACGGUUAUCUCCGAAACCCUCAUCUGGUCCUCACACAUCCAACUGUGGACACUGGAAAAGUGUAUUUGGUCCAGGGGAUCUACAGCUAUCACCACUACAUGCAGGACCGCAUGGAUGACAACGGCUGGGGCUGUGCUUAUCGCUCCCUGCAGACCAUCUGCUCUUGGUUCCAGCAGCAAGGCUAUGUAGAGCAGCCUGUGCCCACGCACAGAGAGAUCCAGCAGGCUUUAGUGGAUGUCGGAGACAAACAGGCAUCCUUUGUGGGAUCACGCCAGUGGAUUGGAUCCAUUGAGGUUCAAGCAGUUUUGAACCAGUUGCUUGGGGUCACGUCCAAGAUCCUGUUUGUGAGUCAGGGGUCUGAGUUGGCAUCUAAAGGCAGAGAACUGGCCAACCACUUUGUUACUGAAGGGACUCCUGUCAUGAUUGGAGGGGGAGUUUUAGCUCACACUAUUCUGGGUGUGGCGUGGAGUGAGACCACUGGGCAGAUCCGCUAUCUCAUCCUAGAUCCACAUUAUACAGGUGGAGAGGACUUACAGGUUAUCACAGACAAGGGCUGGUGUGGCUGGAAAGGACCAGAUUUUUGGGAUCAAACUGCAUAUUAUAAUUUGUGUCUGCCCCAGAGGCCAAAGAGCAUUUAAGCCCUCUGAUUCAAUUCAGAUGGACGUCAUUUGGCAUCACUAAUUAGUAAUUAGUUGUCUUGGUGACAAAGGCACUGCUAGAUUUGGGUGUCAUUUUUCUAUUAAAAAGAGAAUUAGGUCAUCAUAUAGAAUAACAUCUGUACUUGCCAUUUUUUAGUAUCACAGAGCUGCUACAAAUAUGCAUAUUAAUAGGUUUAUUUUAUUUUGGAGAGAGAUACAAUGCAUCUUUCUGUUACCAGUAGAUAAAUGAACCCACCAUGCCUGAUGCAAAACAUGGCCUUUCCUCCCAUCAUAAGUAAGCUCCCUCCUGUGGCCAGCUGAUGUGAGCACAUGCUGAAGGACACCUUUCUAUACCAUAUGGCUGAAUUUACAAAUAAUUCAUAUGUACAGUAUGUUUUGUUGUGUCCUUUAUUCCAUUUUCAAAUAUUUUGAAGUUACAAAUGUGAGCUGAAACAACUGAUUAUCAGAUUUGUCAGUGCAACAGAAAAUUAAUCCGCAAUUAUUUUAACCGCUUAAUAAAUGGUUUCAUAUUUGUCAAUCAGUUGCUGAAUUCUCUGAUUCUUGCUUUUGAAAUUAUGAGAAUUUAGUCUUUUCUUUGUCAUUCAUAAUACUAAACUCAGUGUAUUUAGAUUUAGCACAAGAAAUUUGUAGACAUCAC